AACCCAAAAAUAAUAACCGAUUUCUAGCAAAGGAUAAAGACCCAAAAAAAUUUAAAGCCCUAAAACCCAAAUAAUUUCGCAAUUGCAGAAUUCAAAUAUCAAGUGAAAAAUUACCAAGAUUUCUACAAACAAUUUAAUAUUUUGCACAUGAUUUCAACAAAAUUAAUCAAUAAUUAUGCUAACUUAAUAAUCAACUCUCAAAAUUUGUCACUUUGACAUAUAAUCGCUGCAGAAAUUUUGUAUAAAAAUUGUACCAAAAAAAAAAACGAACGAAAAAAAACACUAACCAUGAAUGAGGAGUCGCCGGUGAGAGAGAGAAUCGCCAGUGAGAGAGAACUGAUUUCGGUGAGAGAGAAUCGUCGGUGAAAGAGAGAAUCGGGAAAGAGAGAAUCGAACUUAGGUUUUUUUUUAGUAAUUUGACUAAACGUUCAAUUUUUCGUUUCCUGAUUAUACCAAAAAAAAAAACCGGUUUUUCAGUCCGGAUCAGAAAAUUCCGAGCUAAACCUGGACCGGAUCGAUACCCAAAAUCACCCAUUUUUAAGGACCAGACCUGAAUCUUUCGGUCCGUGGUAUUUUAUGUACACCCCUACUCAUAGUAACUCAACUUUCUUCCUCCCUCGUAUCUCUCCCUUCCUCGGCUUGACGGCUACUACUGCACUCUUUUCCUCGGCUUCAACCGCUACCCUCUUCUCGCUCCCCGGCAAUGACGGACCCACAUGUAGUCAUUGUGGGUCCCAAGACACAGUCUUUUUUUUAAAAAAAAAAAACAAAAAAAAAAAUUAUUCCUGAUGUUAUUUUCUUUUUUCCUCUUUAGGUCUAUUUCACGGUCGCAGCCUCCCAGGACAAAGUACUCCUUCCUCUCUCUCUCCUCCAUUGAAGCAUACGGGCUUCUGAGCUUUCUCUCCUCCAUUGAAGCAGCCUCUAAGGACAACCUAUUAAUCAAAUUCUGGAUCCGCCACUGGCUCCUGGUGUCCACCGCAACCUACCUCCAUCACAACCGGUGCUCCAACUUGAAGAUGUACACAACAGCCCGUGCUCCAAUUGAAGAGACAAAGAUUGCCACCUAUUAGCUUCCAUCCUCGGCCAAAGUUAAGGUUAGGGUACAGAACUCCUUGUUACGAUGGUGCUCUUGAAGGACAUUAAACCAGCUGCAUCAAACAAUAUAGACACUAGAUUCAUACUGUUGGAUAAAGGCAAGAUUUCUGCGGAAGGCCAAAACAAGACUUGUUUGGCACUUGUGGCAGACGAGACUGCUGCGGUUCAUUUUCAGCUUUGGGGACAGGAAUGUGAUUUUUUCCAGACAGGCGAUAUCAUCCACCUCUCCAAUGGCAUAUUUUCUUACCAGCGUAAAAAUCUAGUGCUGAGAGCAGGCAAGAGAGGGAAGAUUCAGAAGGCAGGUGAAUUUACUUUGUCCUAUGUUGAAACACCCAAUAUGAGUGAAAUUAAUUGGAGUCCUGAUCCCAACAAUCGAAAGAAGUACAUUCAGGGAUCUGUCAAUUCUAAUUACUCCCGCAUCUUUCCUCCGGUUCGUUAGCUUUUGGCUACAUUGUUGCCCAUAUCAAGCUUGCCUUCUGUGAGACUGGCCUUCCUGCUGCAUGAGUGACACAUGAUGACACGAGUAACUCUUUGCUCAGAAGUCGGAACAACUCUUGGAGAACUCUUUCUAUCAUCUCUAUCUAACGAGCUGCAGGUUUGUGUUUAUCUGCAGACUCUUUCAAGGAUAAGGAUGAAAAUGUGUCAAUUAUGUCUGGUAAACUGAGCUGCUUUAGGAGCGUUCAUCAUGCUGCAGAUCUGCUAUGGACUCUUUCAGUGACUUGAUUAGACUAUAAUAACAGAUCUUGUUGUCAGAACGAGUAAUUUUAUUAUUUCUGGCAUUCCCUUCACUCCUUCAGCAAUGAAAAUACUGGUAACAUCAGGCAGACACUAUUGUUCUUGUAUAUACAGAGAAAGGGGGAAACCUUUUAGCACGCACUUUAAGGAAGUGAUUAUAGGACCGAUUAUCAAUAUUUUAAACACUGGUAUGGCUAUUAGGUGUAUAAAUGAUUUUGAUAAAGUGGUCUGUGUACCUUCUCUAACAGCUAAUUCAAAGUGUGUGUCAUGGAGGCUAUGUUGCUUGUUUUUUCCAAAAAAAAUAAAAAAUGAAACUCAUACUCCCUCCAUACCUUUAUUUUUGUCUCAUUGUCAUUUUUUGGGUCAAACUUUGAAAACUUUGACCAUAAUUUACCGUUAAUCAAUAAAAAAUAAUAUAGUCA